AUGGACAUCCCGGGGACAAUCUGGGUGCUCCGCAGAGAGCCUAGGGAAGCUGGUGAGGCCAGCAGAGAGGAACAGCCAUGGCAGGAGCAGAGAGGAGGGGAGCAGAGGGAGGCCCUCAGGGAGAUCCAGGCAAAGGCUCGGGGGCAAAGGGUACAGGCACUGAGGAAGGGAGGGUUCCUCCCACCAUCCCAGGCCCUGUCUCCUGUCGGGCUCCCGCUGUGCAGCCUGGCUCUGCCCUGGAUCAGCCGGAUGACUAGGUUUCCUCCCUCCCCCUCGCUGGCAAAGUCACUGUCGCCCACAGGCUGCGUUGCUGGUAGUGUGUGCUCAGGAAAUGUUUGUUGA